AUGCAAACUACGAAUCAGAACAAUCUUAGCAACCUCUCAGCAGGUGUCAACAUGAAUCAGAUGGGUAAUCCAAACGGGGGACCACAACAAAAUGUAAGUGCAGGAGAUGUGACUAGCACUUCUAGUGGGUUUGGGACUGGUGGUGGAGGACUGCCACAGAUGAGCAUGCCAAGUCUUGUUGACACAAACGUUGGCAACAAUCAACAUCCACCUCUUCCCAGCACGGCUACUGGAGGAUGUACCCGUCCCGGCUUAGCGAAUACAAUGAAUAGCCAAGAAACCUUACCGAGCUUGGCAAACAAUACGAGUCUCGUUGUGCAGGAUGGCUCUGGAACCUCGACAUCGAUGAACAGACAGAAUACAACCCGUUAAGGCUUUUCGUAUGACUUCAGUCCAGAUGUAUAAUUGAUCUGUUGGUAGUACAGCACAGCCUUCUGCUUAGAAGUAGGUUGGACCUCCAGGCGUGACAUAUUUCUUCGCGAGAUGACAGUAUAACUUCUAAGACAAAAUAAACUCGGUCGCAGCAACGAAUAUGAUGCAGCAAAACACGGCUUCUAGUACUGCAGUAACCCCAAUGGCAACGGCGUCCGGUCUAGUGCCUAUUCCACCUGCACCGCUACGACCUGUUAGUACCACACCACCACUCCCCUUACCUCCACCCGUCCCAGAAUUUCCGCCUGCACAAACAAGCUCAUUCUACGGGGGUGGUCAACAUAGUAACAUCGUGCAGAUGCAGACACAACAAGGCAACGCUAACCAACACAAUCCAACGGGAGCUACUCAGCAACAACAUUAUGAGGAAACUUUUACACUUGCAGUCUAGAAGAAGUUCUCUGUUCUCACUAAUCUUCUUGUCCUAGGGUGAUCUUGAUCGAAAAACACAAACAUCCGCUAGUUCUAACACUAGAGUGGUCCAGUCGUGGACAACAAUGCAACGCACCAGCAGGAUAUGUCUUACAACGGUGUCUCUGCCUUGGGUGGCAAUUUUUACAACGCAUCUGCCCAGAACGCGGCCAAUAAAUUCUACCAAACAGGAGCGGCCAAUUUAUGAGAAUUUGUACAUCUUCGACAAGGCAUCAUCAAGUACAGUAGUUCUUGGCAACAUACGUAGUUCUUUUUAUGUGAUGGAAGAAAGAUCAAGGUUCUAUAAAGACCUCGAUGUACCAUCAUGAUAGGACAUUCUUGUACUAGUUGAUAAUGAAGGAUAGCUAUGUGGAGGAGGACAUAGUAGCAAUUAUAAGCAAGCACGCUCUAAUGCUGGCAGCUGCUGCCAGCAAUAGUAACCAAGGACUGGCAGCAAAUUGCGUGACCCCGAUGCAGACGCCACUGCAGGGCUCCUCAGGCUUCGCAACGUUCACAGGAACAGGCAGCGGGAUGCUCCCUACUAGUUAUCCGAACAGCUUUCCGCUUGUAGCCGCACCGCAGCCGCCUUCGAUCAUGUUAUGGCUGAAAUUUUACACCAAAGGGGCGCCUGUCGUGUAGCUGCGUGGGCACCACCAUAGCGCCCCGAGCCCCGGCACAGAAAGACUGGGUCCGCGGCUGCGGUCACUUGCGGCUCUCCGCGCCGUUCCCCGUGAAUCUGUCGGGGAAGUGGGCCUGCAGACCUGGCGCUGCACGCUUAGGGGGGCCGAGAUAGCCCCGCGCGUUUACAGAGGGACUAGCCCCCUGAACCGUCUGGGAAUCCGUCGCGGCUGGGAGAGACGUCUGGCCAGGAGGCCGCGGAGUCUCCCACCGAGACAGGGACGUGGACACAUGUCGACGCGGGCCGAAUGCUGGCGCGAAAGUUCGAGCUAGUGCGCCCCGAUGUUGUUGAAAUUCUCCACAAAAAACAGCGCCCGCCCCCCUCUUGGGCCGCUGAUCAAAAAGGACGCCAGACCGCGCGGAAGAUGGGGGGCCAAGCGGCUCGGCCGGGCUCUGCCGGCAGUGGGUGCGUCAAGGCCCGCCCUGAAAAGGCGGGCACUCGAGAGCGAGCGAUCGCGGGACGCGUAUGGCGAGGGGGAGCCCAGUGGGCCCAUCUUAUGGCUAGUACAAUGGCCCAAAAUCCUCGAGGGCCGAAGUCGCUCGGCGUGGUGGUUUGGUGGCUCUAAGGAGGGGGCGUGGCUCGCGCGGUGAAUGGUGUGGGCUUAAGCCUUCUCAGGACCUGCGAGCACUGGCCUCGAUAGCUAGGCGCAUGAGGCGACUGCGGUCGGUGAUUGCCAUAGGCCCACUAGCCGACUGCGGUCGGAGACGAGACCGCGACAGCUUUCGGAGGUGGCCCAAAUAGGGGGCAGGCUUGCCCCGCGGCGCUUUCGCCUUGGCUCUUGCUGAUUGUUCCACACGUAGACGCCGCGCAGCUUCUUGGUGGUGGGGUCUCGGAUGUUGAACUGGGUGAGGCAACGCCACGGGGGAGCGGUCAAAGCUGCGGAAAAACGGCGGCCCCAUGUUGCUUCGAUGCGCUCUCGUCUUUAUGGUGCUGUCUGGCGACGUGGCUCGGGGUUUCAAGGUUAGCGGUGAGCCAGCGCGGGCGCACCCUUGUGGUUCGCUUGAAGAAAGGCGCGAGAAAGUGGGCUCGCAGUCCCCGUAGUAGUGAUGGACUGCCGCCUCGCGGGUCAUAGGGUCAGGAGGCUCGGUUUGGGAAUACAUCUGGAGGGUACACCUGACCUCGUGGCGUUGAUCUGAGGCCCAGAGAUGUGAUCCAAAGCCACAAUGUACAACGAGCAAAGGACCACGAGGAAGAAAAGCUGGGCGAUUCUCUGUACGGGUGUAGGGUUACGUCGGGGAGUAACUCGAAAACAACUCCAAACAGCAGCGCGGUGCGUGUCACUAAGGGGAUCGCCACAAGGGGUCACGCCGGGCGUAAGCUGGCCAGACUCGUACAAAGACGCAGGCAUGCCAAAGCUGAGUGCCUUGAAAGCACCGACACGGCGCGACGUCUAUGAGUCUGCAACAUUCUCCAAGCCAGUGGAAGGAGCGUGCUUGGUCACAUGGUGCGCCGGUGUACUCCCAAACCGGCAGCAGGCAGGCACGCCGCCCCCAAAGGGGGGCGCUUGCCUUGGAAGCAUAACUGGCAUGCUGCAGGGCUUGCAACAUUUGGCGGGGGUGGGUCCACGCUGGUCGCGCGCUCUUUGGCCGGUGUCUGGUGUCAAGCUGGCGACCUGGGAGACGCAUGGAAACAGCCCCGGAGCAGCUUACGAAAGUGGCGAGAUUGGCGAGUGUUGUCGAUCAGUUUCGCUUGAGCUUAAGGGGCCCCCGGGCUCUGUUGUGGUCUGAAUUUCGGCGAAUGUUCGGGCACUUUGCCCCGUGGGGUGGUGGUGGUGGUGGUUUCGGCUGUGGUAGGUGGGGCAGCGGUCAGGCUCUCGCCUGCGGUUGCUGUCUGUAAGAUGGGCGCGCCCGCGCUCAGGUGGUUGGUUACAGUUCGUUGUCACCUGUGUCCAGCUUGGGGAGACGCGGGCAGGUCGGUGUCUCGAAGCAGAUGCCUCAGCUGAAGAAAGCUGGCGGCGCCUCCAAGGGAGAAGCGCCUGGCAAACAGCCACUAAAGCUUUCCACAUUGUUGCUGCCUCUCGCAUGGCGUUCAGGGAAGUGCGUCCAUUGUUACUAUUGCAGAAUGUUGCAUCUCUUCUAAAAGUGCCAGGGCAGCAAGGUGAUGCGUGGGCCUCUGGUGUUGGUACAGGAGGGGCUGCGAACGGCUGCGCGGCAUUUAGUAGUAUGAUUCACAACAGCAGCACACCAGCGGCGAUGGCUAUGACUCCUCUGCACCAGUUUCAGGGAUGUCCAGCUUCUAUGCAGCAGCAGCAAAUGCAACAGUUUCAACAUCAGCAACAAAUGCAGCAGUUUCAACAGCAGCAGGAGAUGCAACAACUCCAACAGCAACAGCAAUUGCAGCACAUGCAGCAGCUACAACAGCAUCAGCAUUCUUUGGUACAACAACAACAGACGCAGCAUAUGCAGAACAUGAUGGCUCAGCAGCAAGCAUACAACAAUGCGCCAACAUCCGCGAUGAUGAUGAACAGUCCCGCAUCCUCCAGCAUGUUGGUGUCGCAGACUGCGCACUCAGCUAUGCCUUGCCUUCCAACAACACCUGGCAUUUACCAAAAUCCUGCACUACCCACUAUGGUAGCUGGAGCUCUGCCCAUGGCAGGCAUGGGACACGUGGGACAAGGUAGUAGUAUGGGCAACAUCAGCACACCCACCACUGUGGGCCCACCCAACUAUGCAUCGUCUGCUCUUCCUCCUACCAACAGUUUUGGCGCAGCGUCAAUGAAUAAUACCUACGGCAACAUGAUGCAGAUGCCGCUAGCGAUGCAAGGAGCCACAAGUGCCGGCAUGACGGGAGGUCCUACUUUUAGUACGUGCCUCAUUAUACUAGAAAUGAGUUUUAGAGUCCUAGUAUCACUUCGUGACUCCACAUGAAUUCCCAGUAGCCGCUCAUCUUCUUAUUCACCCAAAACCACAUAGGUCAGCAGGAGUUUCACCAGCAACAAUCUCUUUUGGGAGCAGGACUUGCAGGACAGCAACAGGCGACAGGCCAAAUGGAUUACAACUCUUUUUACCAGUCCUGGGACACUAAACAAUCUGUGACAAAUAUGGGGGGCCAGUCAGACGGACCACUCUUACAACACGAUAUUGUCGGCAUCGGGACUACUAACGUCCUUCCUCAAUUUAAGGGAGAUAGAUGAUGCCGAUCAUCUUCAUCAUUUGAUGCCGAUCAUCGUAAGGAUGAGUCUCUAAGUAAAUGCCGACGUGCAUUUGCUGUUCCGUCUCACCUUGUAAAAAAAAGUUGUUUCCUCUGGAAAGUAACAAAUCUUCGUCUUCUAACUUCCUGCAAUCCACGGGAGCAU